AUGCCCCCUCGUCGCUCCCAUCAGAAGUCCCACACCGGCUGCCUCACCUGCAAACGCCGGCGCGUCAAAUGUGACGAAGCGGGUCCUCCGUGCAAGCGCUGCGAGACUCGGGGUGCAGCCUGCCAAUAUGCUAUCCUUCCCAUCCGCCCAUCGUCCCUAUCAGGCCACGAGACACUGGAAGCGGACCGAACAACAGAAUCAAGAGUUGAUGCCGAAGCAGCCUGCCCGUUCUUCCCUGCCAAAACUCGUCACCUGGAGCUCCAGCUCAUGCAUCGGUGGUCUACCACUACCUACAAAUGCUGCUGUACCCCGGGCUCUGGCGAUGAGGCACUUUGGCAGCUCACAGUGCCAGCUCUCGCACUCGAAUACGACUUCCUUUUGAAUGGACUGUUGGCCUUGUCAGCCUUUGAAAGUGCCAGUGUACUCAUGAACCAUGACCGCAAGGAUUCAAACUAUGAUCACUAUAUCCAUUCGGCAAUUGAAUACCAAGUCCUUGCACUAGCCAAUUUCCGCACGCAACUUGUUUCUCGUCAAUGCUAUGACCGCAAGGCUACUCUGUGCUUUUCGCUGAUGUUAAUGGUCCUCGCUUUUGCAUCAGCGCGAUUUCGUCAGUAUACUUCAUGCGAUGAACAGGACAGUAUAUUGUCAACAGCUAUUGCCCAUUUCGAACUUGUUCGUGGCGCUGUGCAAGUUGCAGAAGGUGACGGGGACCAGAUUACCGACAGUGAAUACGUGCAAAAGCUGACGCCGUUUCACGACCUUCCCCAGGUGGCUGUUGACCCAUCUAUCACGAAGCUCAUAACUGAACUCGGCCAAUUGAAUGAUAGGAGGAUCGUCGAGAGUUCUCAAGAGUUAGAGGAGCGACGCAUGCAACAAAUCGCUUUCUGGGAGUCGUGCAAGAAGGCUCUGUCUUUGCUCCAAGAGUGCUUUCAACGAUGUGUCGGACCAGUCUAUCGAGGGUAUGCACUGGGAUGGCUGAAUAUGGCUGGUGAAGAAUAUGUUCAGACCAUUAAAGCAAAAGAUCAUACGUCGCUGUUGAUAUUGAUGGUUUGGGGCGUUCUUGUUGAGAGGCUCGGACAAGAUGUGUGGUGGGCUCAGGAUUUCGGUAUCUCGUUGGUGAACGAAAUUUCGAAUCGAGAUCUCGGUACUGUUGCAGAUGAGUCGACACAACGAAUGAUCUUUCGGGUCCAGGAGUUGGUUUGA